GAUUGCAAAGUGGCCCCGUCCCCGGAAGCACGUGGACAGGGCUUCCGGUUCUUCCUGAAGUGCCCUCUCCUCAAGGCUGAAUUGGUUCCAAGUAAAAUAAUUCCCCCCUUUUCUUUGGCCCCCUCAAGGGGGGAGGGGGAGAGCUUCUGCCAUGAUGGCAGAGUCCCCAGAGAUGGAGCUGCAGCAAGAAGUAUUGGAGGAGCUAGGGAUCUCCUUGGAUGAUCUCAAGCAGCUGAUUGACGAGGAGCUGGCGAAGUCGGAGCGCAUCACGCAGCGGAAGAAGCAACUGGAGGAAGUGGCAGAGAGAGUGAGGCAGAAGGAGGAGGAAGUGGCCCGUGUGGACGAUCUCCUUGACAAUGCUGUAAAGGCUGUGGAUGAAUGUGAAGUUCUAGUCAAGGACAUAUAUGCGAACAUGGGCCUGGAAUACCUGGAGACUGACUCGGAGGAAGAGGAUGCUGCAUCCAAGCCCAUGGAAGUGAUCGAGAUCCCUGAUGAGGAUGAUGACGACGUCAUGAGCAUCGGUUCAGCAGAUGGAAGUAACAAAAUGGCAAAGGAUCAGAGAUUGCUUCGGGAAGCCAUGGCUGCCAUGAGGAAGUCUGCGCAGGACGUUCAGAAAUUCAUGGACGCUGUGAACAAAAAGGAUGGCCUGGAUUCUUAUAGGGGAUCCCAGCAGGUGAGUCCCGGCUGCGAGCUCACCCACGAGGGAGACUUGUCCGUCGGAGACCGCGUCCUGGGGAAGAAGAGGACAAAGACCUGGCACAAGGGCACCCUGAUCGCCAUCCAGACUGUGGGCCCUGGGAAGAAAUACAAGGUGAAGUUUGACAACAAAGGGAAGAGCCUUCUCUCGGGGAACCACAUUGCCUACGACUACCAUCCUUCGGCCGACAAGCUCCAUGUUGGGAGUCGGGUGGUGGCUAAGUACAAGGACGGCAACCAGAUGUGGCUCUACGCCGGGAUCGUGGCCGAGACGCCCAACGUCAAGAACAAGAUGAGGUUCCUCAUCUUCUUCGAUGAUGGUUACGCCUCCUACGUCGUCCAGCCAGAGCUUUACCUGAUCUGCAGGCCUCUCAAGAAGCCGUGGGAGGACAUAGAAGACAUCUCAUGCCGGGAUUUCAUCGAGGAGUAUGUCACGGCGUACCCAAACCGGCCGAUGGUCUUGCUCAAGAGUGGCCAGCUGAUCAAAACUGAGUGGGAGGGGACCUGGUGGAAGUCCCGCGUGGAGGAAGUGGAUGGGAGCCUGGUCAAAAUCCUCUUCCUGGUAGGAUCUGCUAAGGACGACAAGCGCUGUGAAUGGAUCUACCGGGGAUCCACCCGCCUGGAGCCAAUGUUCAGCAUGAAGACCUCCACCGCUUCCACCCUGGAGAAAAAGCUAGGAGGGCAAAUGAGGACCCGCCCGAAUGUCGGGGCCGUCCGGAGCAAAGGGCCAGUCGUCCAGUACACGCACGACUUAACAGGGACCAGCUCACAGUUCAAGCCUGUGGAACCUCCUCCGCCAGUCACUGUUGUGAUGCCCCAGUCGGUUUCGCCCCUGUUCAUUGACGUGGAAAGCCUCGAGAGCCAGCUCGCUCAGGCCAAGAAGCAGCAGGUGGCGAAGAAGAGCACUUCGUUCUUGCGUCCCGGUUCGGUGGGGUCAGGGCCACCCUCCCCGACCUCCCCCAUCCUGAGCGAAACGCCUCCCGUGGGCAAGACGGGUGUGACCCAGCAGUUCCGGUUCUCGGGCGCCCAGCCCUCCAGCAGCCCCACCCCGCAGUUCUACGGCAUGAUGGACCGGGUGCCCAACGACCCCACCUACCGGGCGCCCGUGGAGAAGCUCUUCUAUCUGCCCCACGUCUGCAACUACACCUGCCUCUCCCGGAUGCGCCCCUUCCAGACCGACCAGCACCGCAGCCGGAACCCCCUCCUCGUCCCACUGCUGUACGACUUCCGCCGCAUGACAGCCCGCCGGCGGAUCAACCGCAAGACGGGCUUCCACGUCAUCUACAAGACGCCGUGCGGGCUGUGCCUGCGCAGCAUGGCGGAGGUGGAGCGCUACCUCUUCGAGACGAACUGCGACUUCCUCUUCCUGGAGAUGUUCUGCCUGGACCCCUACGUCCUGGUGGACCGCAAGUUCCAGCCCUACAAGCCCUUCUACUACAUCGCCGACAUCACCAAGGGCAAGGAGGACGUCCCCCUCUCCUGCGUCAACGAGAUUGACAACACCGCCCCGCCCCAGGUGGCCUACAGCAAGGAGCGCAUCCCUGGGAAGGGGGUCUACAUCAACACUGGCGCCGACUUCCUGGUGGGCUGCGACUGUGAGGACGGGUGCCGGGAUAAGUCCAAAUGCGCUUGCCACCAGCUCACGAUCCAAGCGACUGCCUGCACCCCGGGGGGCCAGACCAACCCAAACGCCGGCUUCCAGUACAAGAGACUAGAAGAGUGUCUCCCCACAGGCGUCUACGAGUGCAACAAGCGCUGCAAGUGCAAUCGGAACAUGUGCACGAACCGCCUGGUGCAACACGGCCUGCAAGUCCGGCUGCAGCUCUUCAAGACACAGAACAAGGGCUGGGGCAUCCGCUGCCUGGACGACAUCGCCAGGGGCUCCUUCGUCUGCAUCUACGCAGGGAAAAUCCUCACGGAUGACUUUGCUGACAAGGAGGGCUUGGAGAUGGGCGACGAGUACUUUGCUAACCUGGACCACAUCGAGAGCGUGGAGAACUCCAAGGAGGGCUACGAGAGUGAGGCCAAGUGCUCCUCGGACAGCAGUGGCGUCAACCUGAAGGACGAUGACGACGACAACUCGGGCUCUGAGGAGCAGGAGGAGUCCAACGAGGAGAGCUCGGACGACAACUUCUGCAAGGAUGAGGACUUCAACACCAGCUCGGUCUGGCGCAGCUACGCCACCCGGCGGCAGACGCGGGGCCAGCGGGAGAACGGCCUUUCCGAGACGGCCUCCAAGGACUCAGGCCUGGUGCGGCAGGCCAGCCGGCAGGCCAGCCACGACGAGGCCUCCCAGUGCAAGCCCCCCCUCUCAGAGGAGACCUCAAAAAACAAGGUGGCCUCGUGGCUCAGCUCCAACACCAUGGCCGAUGGCUUCCAGGACAACGACAGCCGCUCCUCGUUUCGUGUGCAUGAGGCGGGCGAGGCGAAGCCCACAAAGGCCGAGCCCCCAGACAGCGAGAAGGUGGCGCCCGGAGGCCGGGAGAAUUUUGGGCUGGAGGUGAAGAAGAAAGAGGAACCCGAAGACCACAGCAAACCUCUGUUGGCACCCAGUGCGGGCAGGUUGUAUGGUUACAAUCCAAACCCGCCGUUACCCGAAGGAGUCCGGAGGCCGGUCAGCAAGACGGCCUUGCUUCAGAGCCGGAGGCACACCGAGACCAGUCAGGUACCCGCAGGUGAUGUGCUGAUGCUCUCCAGCAGCACGGACAGCGAGGGGGACAACGGGCGCGGCACCUCAAGGCAAGCGCAGGGCAACGACAGCGACGACAUCCAGACCAUCUCCUCUGGGUCGGAAGAGGAGCCGGGGCAAGACGGCAAGAAGAGGCUGGGAGGGAGAAACGUGAAAAGGCAAGUGGCCGUCAAGUCAACCCGCGGCUUCGCCCUGAAGUCAACCCAUGGCAUUGCCAUCAAGUCGACCAACCUGGCAUCUGGGGAGAACGUGCCCAUCCGGAGGAACACGCGGCAGUUCUAUGACGGAGAGGAGUCCUGUUACAUCAUCGACGCCAAACUUGAAGGCAACUUGGGCCGCUAUCUCAAUCAUAGCUGCAGUCCUAACCUCUUUGUCCAGAACGUCUUUGUGGACACGCACGACCUCCGUUUCCCAUGGGUGGCCUUCUUCGCCAGCAAGAGGAUCAGAGCUGGCACCGAACUUACCUGGGACUAUAACUACGAAGUUGGCAGCGUGGAGGGCAAGGAACUUCUGUGCUGUUGUGGUGCAAUUGAAUGCCGUGGACGUUUGUUGUAAGAUUUUUUCUCCCGCUGCCCACCCACCCACCCAUUUUUAGGCAGGGGGGCAUAUUUCAUUUAUUUUUUUUAAUGAAUUUUUUAAAAGUGCUUUUCGGUCAGUGGACCCACCCUUACCCACUUCUCACACGUCUCGUUCUCUGUUUGGGGGCUCAAUCAUUUUUGGCCCCGCGUUGUCGGAUGCUGUUGAGGGCAUUGUUUUGUGUAUGGUGUUUUGCAGAGGACCCCCUCCUCCCCUCGUCGUCGUAAAGCAAUAAAACCAUGUUUACUCUUGAUUUUGAAAGACUGGUCUGCUUCUGAACCUUUUUUAAAAAAAGAAAAAGAAAGAAAAUAUAACGUGGGGCAGGACCAUGGAGGUUUUUAUGGGGAACGAUCUUUUUUGCUGAUCCAGGAUCAGGGCCCAAAUACGGCUCCCGUGGGGCUUUCCAUCUGACCCUUGGAAGGACGGGGAGAGCUCUCUGGGUUUAUCAAAAGAAAAGCUGGCUUUUCCCAGAGCGCGGUUUAAAUGACAGAAAGGUGGAGUGCCGUGCGUCUGGCGCAGUGGGCGUGUGUGCUUCGAGGCUAGUGGUUUAAGCAGCUGUGGUCCAGAUUCCUGCACUGCAGGGGGUUGGACUAGUCAAUCAUCGGGAUCCUUUCCAACUCUGCAAUCACCUGGACAUGCCAGGGAUCGAUGCAGCGAUGGCACCCUGAACGUGGAGGGCUUUCAACCAUUAAGACAAAUUCAUGGACAAUACUGUCUCCUUCGCUGCUGUCGGGAGGCAGUAAAUGCCUCUGAAUACUCCCAGUUUUAGGAGAAGAAAAGGCAAAGGACUAAACCAUGGGUCGGCAAACAAAGGCCCAUGGGCCGGAUCAGGCCCAGUUGCCUUCUGGAUCUGGCCCGUGGAUGGUCUGGGAAUCGCCAGCGCACGCGUUCUUUCCCUAUCCCUCACUUUCCCUCCCUCCCCCUGGCUUCUCCCCGCCCAGCCUAGAGAAAGGGGCUGGGCUAAACCCUACACAAAUGUGGAGUCUCUAAGGCUGCUUGUGGUCCUCCUUCCAGCAACCAAGCUGGUGUCAAAUGUCUUGCUCUGCUUUCCUUUGGACAACAUCAGUGAGGCCGAGGAGGAGGGGGUGUAUUGUCGUCUGGGGGCCCAGGACCGCCAUGCGCACUGCCCAGGUUUGCAUCCCAGAGAGGUCACUGGUGCUGCUAGCGUGGCGGUUUGGCUUCAUCCCCGGAGGCGCACUCCAUUGUCUCUUUGAGACAGGCAGGCGCCAGUGGCAGCAAUACCAGUUGCUGGGAAUCGCAUGUGAGUGUAGUUUUGCUGCUGUGUUCAGGUCCAGAUCGCGAGCUUCCCAUCGGGGCAUCUGGCUGGCCACAGGGCUCGUCUGGUGUUCUUACGGAGCCUCCUGGUCCAGAGGAAGUCUAUCUUGAUUUCUAAGUUCUCUUGGGAGAACAGCCCCGCUUUAGCCUGUCCUACUGUGGCUUCUUAUUGAAGCCGAGACCGGGGUGGGCGGGCAAAAGCUGGAUGUAUCCCACUGAAUUUGGUUCACUCCCAACAGGAGUAAUAAUAAUAAUAAUAUCUUUAUUACGGUCAUAGUGCAUGUUCUCCAUCGUAGGAGGUGGCCAUGGUUGGAGUUGCUCUUCCAAAAUAUCUAACGAAUGUAGAGGAGUGUUGGCUUCCCCAUACAGGUUGUGGAAAUGUUCCUGCCAGGUUGAUACUGUUAUGCAGGAUGAUAAAUGUGUUAUCUCCUGUGUUGGGUAGCCUGUGACUAGCCUCCAGAAUAAUGACGGGUUUUUGUGCUUGGUAGCCUCUAUUAGUUGUUGCCAGUGCCGCAUCAGGUCGGACCGUUUUUUCUUUGCCAAUAGUUUUUUGUAGCUUUUUUUUAUUUUCAUCAUAAGAUACUUUUUAUGCUCAGAGGGAUCUUCCCUGUGGUCAGUGAAAGCUUGAAUCAGUAACUUUUUUUUUCUCAAUGCAUUCUUUAUCGAACCAUCUCUUAGAGCGGAUCUUUUGUUGAGGCACAUAUAUGUAAGGUUUUACAAAUAAGUCUUGAAGUCUUGUUAUAAAGUGUUAGCAUAUUAGAUGUGUUUGUCGCCGUAUCUGAACAGCUCCUCAGAAUUAUUUCUGCCCAAUUUUCACUCUCUUUGGAGUUAAACCAAUUAGCUGCAAAGGCGUUCCUUUGGCCAUUCCACUUGACUUUUUUGUAACCAGCAUCGGUCGUUAAACUCGCCCGGUGUCUGGGUUGUAAUGGUGGAUGGCUUGGGGGUAGAGUACAAUGAAGGGUUAUUGGUAAAUGAUCACUUUCCGAUCUUGGGAUUACUCUAAACUCAUUGAUCAGGGUAAUCAGCUCUUGAGAGAUAACACAGUAGUCUAUAACAGAGAGCUUUUGCCCUGACCAGAAAGUAAAUUGUCCUGGGUAAUCACCUUGUGCUGAGCCGUUUAAAAUAUGUAGAUUUUGUCUAAUUGCCGUUUGUAUGAGAUGUAAACCUCCCAGAUUAGAGGUCUUAUCCAAAGACCUGAGAGGGAGUGGUGAGAUAAUUUCCGAAUCCAGUGGAAAGAGAUGGAAGUGCGUAAAGAGGUCUGCAUCACACUGACCUACCCUGGCAUUAAGGUCCCCUGCUAUUACUAUCAUUGCUGACGGGUAAAGGUUUCGACACAAUUCAAUAUAGGCUUCUACUUCUUUCCAUUGUUGUUCAACUUGUGCAUGUAAUCGGUUGGGAGGUAGAUAAAGAUUUAUACACAUCAGCCUAAAGCUGUGGAUGUCCAAGUAGACCGCCACCACCCAAUCUGCGUGGUACGGAAGCUGUGUAAUAUUUGCCUGUAUAUGCAUUGAAAUUAAUGAGGCACUACCCCCUUUUGGUCUUCCUCCUCUUUGGCUUGGUGACGCAUGUGUUACAUAGGAUUGGUAGUUUUCAAGUUGUAACUCUCCUAGUGACCAGGAUUCUUGGAUAAAAAUGAUGUCAUAAGUAAUUAGAAAGUCCAUGAGGAGGGGGUCUUUACUCUUUGAUCCCCAUCCUGCAAUGUUCCAGGAGAUAAGGGUCAAGUUAUGGUUUGGAAUAGUGGGUGUCGUGGUGGCUGGAGUAUCUCCAACCAUGUCCAUCGCAUGGUCGUAUGAUGAGACCACGAAUGGGCAUAUCAUUCUGGGAGGUACUGUAAGUGUGCUAUACGUUGUAUCUGUUUUUGGCGUAUCAACUGAUCUUGGCGAGUUGGUUUCCGCUGCAAUUGUGGAAUGAUUACUCAGUCCACUGUUUUGUUGACUAUGCUUCAGUGUGUGUCAUUCUCUCGUGUGGAUAGAAUCCAGUAGACCAUGUUUAUCUGUAAAAAUUGAACCAUUCCUCGUGCUUGGGGUCACUAAUUCAACUUGAUGCUUUUUGGUUUGGAGACUUGGUGUGGGGGUGGGGGUACCCAGUUCGUGAGGCGACAGAUAUAAGCAUUUUAACCAUUCUUCAUUGGUCAGAGGUUUUGAGGAGUUACUUGGAUAAUUAAAUUCUAACAGUGCUGUAGAGGCGAUGCUAGUUAUAAAGAUUUUAAUGGACAGCAGCCUUUUUAGAAGUGCAUUCUGCGAUUUUUGGAUUUGUUCCAGAGUAUCUUCCAAGGUAAGUACGUUCUCAUUAGGCAUAGUCAACAGGAGUAAAUCUUUCGCUUCUCCCGUCUCACCCCAACUGUUUUCCAAAGCAAUCCCAAAACAAAUGGCCACAUGCCCCCCCUGCAGGAUUGGCACUAGGAAUUGCUCCACUAAUUUAUGCUGGAAGUGUUUGCAAACACCGUUGUGCCAUUUAAAAGCACCCUUUGUUGUGUGAACUUUCCCAAAGGCAAUCCAAUCACCAGAAUUAUUUUUUUAACAGAAAUUUAUUAGUCUUAUUUAGGUUUUAAUAUAUUUUAACUUUUUUUUCUUUAAAAAAACUGCACAUUUUGGUCUGAAGAUAGGUUAAUGGUCCUUUCUGUAAAUCUCCCCCCCCCCCAAAAAAUGCCCUAAGGCUAGGCUAGGGAAAGAAUAAUUGCAAUUUGAUCCUACAGGUAGAGCAGCUAUUCUUCAAAACUUUCUCUGGAGUUUUUAUUCCAGCUGAAGCCAAAAGAUUUUUCUCAUUUUGGUGCUUGAAAAACCGUAUCUAAUAAAUUAAAACAAAAAUGAGCGUCUCCCCCUCUGGGAGUGUGAAAGGCAAGUAGACUACAGAAAAGUGGGUGUACCUCUGUGGGUGGUGCGUUUUUUUUUUAUAGGAUAAGAAAAGGAUCGUGGAAUUGGGGGCAAAAGGAAAGUAUUACAUUCCUAAGAGAAGGAAUGCAGGGGAAUAAAGUGAAGUAGUGUGCCUUGAAUUAAAUUCUCUGCAGGAGGAAGGUGGUGCAGUUUAGAGAAAGCUUUUUUUAAAAAAGA